AUGGGUAAGAGAAGUAGUAGGGUAGUUGAUCUGAUAGACUACGACGAGUAUGAUCCGACUGAAUUAGGGUUGAAUACCAUAAAACCUGCAGCUGAUGUUAUACCUUACUCAAAAAGAAGAAUUCCAUGGUGGAAGAAGUUUCUGGCUCGUCCGUUACCAGAGCUUUCGACUAAUGGAAUCACUAUUAACGAAGAUCAAUUUUUGGCACCCAAACCAGCACCAUCCUCCACUCUCAAUGUCGGUAAAUUUAAGAAGUUUUUCAGAAGGUUUAUAGCAUUGAUAAUUUCUAUCCGGUUUUUGCCGUUACAAUCUUUGUUUUUUCAGCCGUUUAUGGUUGUUGCUCUCCUUAAUUCUGAUUACUUAAUCCGAAUUUUGAUCAUGUCCCCAUUCAAAGGGAAAAAGUUCCUGAAGAACCUCACUACUCAUCUCGGCUUAGGCUGUGGCUGUUCCUCCACCAACAACUCCAAUAAUAUUGCCCAUGUCUAUGAACCCAAACCCAUACUGCCCAUACCCAAACCCAAACCCAAACCCAAACCCAAACCCAGAUCAUCCACCUUUUCCUCCUCCAACGAUAGAUCAGAGACCUGCACCUCCACCUCCUCUGUAGUCUCUUCCGGUCCAUCUAAUUGGCACAACUGCAAUCAAAUUAUUGAGACAAUGAAUGCCUCUGCCUCAGCAUCGGCAUCAAGAAGAUGGAACAAUAGUUGUAGUAGUACUAGUAUUAGUACUACAGCGGUGUUGAUGGAUUCAGAGAAUCCAUACGAGGACUUCCAAAAAUCAAUGUUGGAAAUGAUAAUGGAGAAUCAAAUAUAUUGUGCAGAUGAACUUUUUCAACUUCUUCAUUGCUUCUUACGCCUUAAUUCUCCUACUCACCACCAUCUCAUCCUUUGUGCUUUCUUUCAAGUUUCUCAAUACGCCAUUGUUUCUUCAUCAAUUUCAAAAUAA